AUGAACCUGGCCCACACCACUGUGCUCCUGUGGGUGUGGGGGAGCCUCCAGGCCUUUGAAAUUGUGGAGAAGGAGAACAUUUUUCAGAGGACCCCCUGUCCAGCUUUCCUGAUGUUUGACAAUGCAGCAUACCUGGCUGACAUGAGCUUCGAGCUUCCCUGCCACUGCAAGCCCGAGGAGGUGACUGCUGUCGUCUGGUACUACCAAAAGCACCUAGGUAGCGGCCACACCAAAGUGCUCACGGACUUCGAUGGGCGGGUGCUGACGGAGGAAGCCCAGGUGCGUGUGGGCAGUGACAUGCUGGUCCGCUUCAGCAUCCGCAUGUUCGGUCUGUUGGUUUUUCGAGCCCAGCCCGAGGACUCAGGCUUGUAUUUUUGUGGCACCCGCAAGGGGGACUACUUUUACGCCUAUGAUGUGGACAUCCAGAGCAGUGAGGGAAUGGUGGCCACCUUCAAGGACCAGGGCCAGGAGCCCUUUGCAGACGAGUACCAAGGGAGCCUGCAUGUCUUCACCACCUUCUGGGAGUGGACCCCCUGUGACCGCUGCGGGGUGCGCGGGGAGCAGUGGCGCAUUGGCCUCUGCUACCUGCAGAGCCCAGACCUCUCCCCACGCUACCGCAAGACACUGCCUGAUGUGGUGUCCUGUGGUUCGCGGGCUGUGCCGACUAGUCUUCGGGCCAAGGCCAGGGACCACACACCUGAGCUGCUGGUUCAGAGCUGUAUUGUGCCCUGCGAGAGAAAGGUGAUCCAGGAGGGCAUGAUGGCCAUCUUCAACUAUGUGUCCAAAUUGGGCAGCCGGCCCUGGGUGCCCCAGGUGCCCAUUCAGUUCCACCAGCAGAGGCUGGGCCACGGACUCAUCAUCUCCUGUCCCGGGGCCCGGCCAGAGCACGCCGUGGCCUGGGACAAGGACCACCAGUUCCUCUACCGCACACAGUACCUGAAGGGCGUCAACAGGUCCAUGAGGGUGUUCAUUGACCACGGCAACCAUCUCCACAUCCGCUUUACCCAGCUGAGUGACCGGGGCAUCUACUAUUGCUGGCGUCAGGGGGUGCGAGUCGCUGGGUUUCGACUGGGCGUGAUGUCUCGAGGCCACUACCGGGCCUCAUUCUCGGACCCUGAGACUCGCGCCGCCAUGGAGCUCACCCUAAUAGGCUACCUGCUCAUCACAACAGUCUUUGUCACCAUUCACCUCUGUCGUUGCUGCUGUUACUUAUUUCGCUGUUGUCCCAACUUCUCCCCCUAG